AUGUUCUUGAACACAACCACGACGGAUCUUGAGAUCCACUUUGAUGGCACACAAACAAAGGGCCCCAGAUCAGAGACAUCGCGGAUGCGCUCAUUGCCCCCUUCUCUGAGCACUAUUCCAGCCGAGGGCCGACGACCAGACUAUGACCCGGUGUUGAUGUCUUACUUUGAAACUAUCAUCUGCAGCAGCUCUACACUUGUGGACAACGCGCACUAUAAUCCUUAUCGAUACCUUAUUCUCCCUAUGGCCCUCCAGUCAGAGGGACUUUACCAUGCUACGCUCGCCAUCGCGGCCAACACACUCGGUUUAUCCAAUUCAAAGUAUCGACUUCCGGCAUUAGAGCACCAUAACAGAGCAUUAAGUCAUCUAAGAAGUCUUCUUACACAGGAUACGUGGGAUGAAAAGGAGUUAGACGAGAUGCUCGGACUGGUUCUCAUGCUCUGCUGGUUUGAUAUAUCAGAUAACAGCCGCCCGUCAUGGGUCACCCACCUGAAUGGGUUCCAAGACUUAAUUCGCACCCGACAAGAGCGGCCUAGUCGCUCAGCUCAUAGCAAAGAACUGGCAAGCUUCUUCAAUCGAUACUUUGCUUUCCAUUUGGUUCUUGCUCGUACGGCAUUUAGGGUCAACCCAUUGCCUCAAGACUCCCCAAUGAUACCUGAUAGCAUACUUGAGUCUCCCGACACGAUAGACCCGUACAUGGGGUUCAGCCCCUCUCUUCUGCUGCUGAUCAACCGAGUCGCCGAGCUCGCGUGGAUCCAACGAGAUGAGCAGAAAAUUAUAAGCGCGACAGCAGUCUAUAAUUUAAAGAAAAGCCUCGAGGAAGUUGAGCAAAGGAUACCAGUGGAACACCUCGAUCCCAACACAGAAUGUGCAGCAAUCGCAGAGGCCAAUCGGCUCGGAGCACUUUUGCUUCUACAUGAAAUCUGCUCACCAAAGUCUGUCUGCUCUGGAAGUCUCCAUCUUCCGAUGCUGAAUGUGGAAGAAAAGAAUGGCUAUGUUGAGCAGAUUUUGAACUUGAUAUUGAUAAAAAAGGCAAACAUGAUGCGUACGGCAGUUUUGCCCCUCUGGCCUUUGUUUUUGGCCGGAUGUUGCGCCCGCAAUGAAGAAGAAAGGAUAGUCGUGAUGCAGUUAUUUGGAGAAUUUGAAGCCAUUCGCCGGUUUGGGAAUAUUGCUCCGGCUAUGGAGGUUAUCGAGAUGGUAUGGCGUCAGCAAGACCUCUCAGUGCAGGACGAAAGAAGACGCCAGAGAAUCAGGAAUGCGAAUGGGAACGAUGAAAAUGAUCCCUUGCGAGGGGCCCGCUUCUCUUGGGAACAUGCCAUGGUGAUGUUGGGAGGUUGGAAACUAAGCUUGACAUGA